AUGGCUGUGAAUUUUGAGAACUUGUUCAGUGAUGAUAGGGAAUGGCUACAAGAUAUAUGUGACAAUCUAAAAGAGAUACUCCCACUCCCAUUCACAGAUAGCUCAUUCCAUGAUUUGGCAAGAAAACGAAAUAUUGUGAUUCCAAAAGAUUCUGAUGAAAUUCUCAGAGAUGGUCCUUCAAAUUACUAUCACUUGAACCCUUAUGAUGAUGAUGACUUCUGCAAAAGUGAGUUUUACUUGUUGUCGAAAUCUGAUUUUCAAAUACUAAUUACUUACAACAAUUAG